UACGGCGGGACAACCUUAAUCGACGUGACAAUGCCUUCCGGCGAAUGUUCCGACAGCGAGUACAGCAUCAUCGAGAGAGAGAUGCAGGCGAGCGUACGCGCACAUCGGGACCACGCCGGUGGUUACUUCUCGCAUUACAAUGUCGUUAGGAUCCAAAAAAUUGUAAACGGCCGCGUCUGGGAGCGCUACCAACAUCGCAGACGCGAGGUCUGCGAGGAAGGCGGCUCCGCCAACGAGAGGAUGUUGUUCCAUGGCUCGCCUUUCAUCAACGCCAUUGUGCAGAAGGGGUUUGAUGAACGGCAUGCGUAUAUUGGAGGAAUGUUUGGUGCAGGCAUCUACUUCGCUGAACAUUCGUCCAAAAGCAACCAGUACGUGUACGGGUUCGGAGGGGGGUCUGGAUGCCCCACGCAUAAAGACAAAAGUUGUUACACUUGUCAUAGACAAAUGCUGCUGUGCCGCGUGACGCUGGGGCGCGCCUUCCAGCUGACGUCGGCGAUGAAGAUGGCGCACGCGCCGCCCGGACACCACAGCGUGGCCGGCCGGCCCACGCACGGGGGCCUCUGCUACCCGGAGUACGUGGUCUACCGGGGGGAGCAGGCGUACCCAGAAUACCUGAUAAUCUAUCAAAUAGUGAACGGUGAUACAAACACGGGCACCGUCUGAAGGAAACUCUCUUACUGUAUAAUAUGUAAUUAAACUGGUGUUCAUUUAUGUAUAUAGGGUGCAAACAUUGUGUUAAUAUUGCGAAAAAUACAUUAUUAUUAAUAAUAUGCCUUUGAGUCGUGGUGGGUGGAUCGGCCAGUCUGUGCGUUAUCGACUUGCCAUCCACAGACCGUUGCCCAAGGUGCGCCG